CUUGGAGGUAAUGGCUGUCGUAAAAAGCUAGUUAUUUUCGGAGAUUUCUGGGGACUUGGCAGUUAAGCUUAGGUUAAUAUCAGAGAUGCACAUGACCUGGGGAAUCUGCACGUGAUGCCAGUUGAGCCUCAGAAAGUCAGCGCGACCACAAAAGUGCCGAGCAGGGAGAAGGCUCUGCUGGACAAGCAGUUGGAGUGAGAAUAAAAACAACCGGAUCACAGGGCCAGACCCUGCACGAUCCAUGUGACAUUGGCUUAGGUUAAUAUCAGAGAUGUACACGACCUGGGGAAUCUGCAUGUGAUGCCAGUUGAGCCUCAGAAAGUCAGCGCGACCACAAAAGUGCCGAGCAGGGAGAAGGCUCUGCUGGACAAGCAGCUGGAGUGAGAAUAAAAACAACCGGAUCACAGGGCCAGACCCUCCACAAUCCACGUGACAUUGGGGAAGGACCGUCUGUCUUCAUCACAGGGAGGGGGCGGAGCAUUCUCUGAGAAGCUUGGGAGUGAGCUGUGCCUGACCACUCUUGGGGGAGGAGCUGCAUUUCACCAGGCUGCAGCUGACAAGAAGCUUCCAGCCUGUCUCCUUUUGGAGUGAGAAUCAAGACAGACGGAUCACAGGGCCAGACCCUUCCUGAUCCACAUGACAUUGGUAUCUUCCAUAUUGUCCCAUUCAAACAACGUGUUCAAGCAUCCUUGGGAAAUUCAGCUGGAGGAGAACAGGCCACACAAGCUGUAAACCCUUUGUAAUUCUUUGUAGUUUUAAAAGGGGCAUUGCUAAAAGUAUUGUUUGUGGUAGGAACUUCCUUAGCAGUGACAAGAAUAGCCAGACACCUCAAUCUCUGCUAAUAAACUCUUGGCACACAAAUCUAAAUCAUAAUGGAUGCCAAUUAUGUCUUAUGCAAUUGGCAAGACCAAUUGUGGCCAGCAAAAGUUUUGUCCAGAUCUGAGGCUUCAUCAAACAGUAAGAGAAAAAAGACAUUUUCCCUAGAAGUUCAGAUACUCUCACUAGAUGAAACAAUUAAAGUGGAAAGCACAGAAACAAAGAUCCUCACUAAAUCUCAAGUUGAAGCUAUUGCCUCCUCACUAGCAGCACAGUCAGAGGCCAGUGACUCACCUAGAGAGGAAACAGCCUAUGCAAGGUCACUAAAAAUGGCACUGGAUAUUCUGAAUGAGAGAACAAAUUUGAUUCAAGCAAGCAGUUCAGAUGAGGGAGAGACCACGACACUGUCUCAAAAUGUACCACAAAAGCUUUCUGAUUCACCCCCUCGUAAAAGGUAUCGGAAGCACGAAGGAGACUUACCAAAGUGUCUUGAGGGAAAUGAAAAUUCAACAUCCCUGUUAGUAUCUUCAGAGAGUGAUGAUUCCCUGUAUGAUGAUAAAUCACGGGUGCAUGCAGUCACUGAUACUAUUCCAAGUGAAAUGGAAACAAAGUCAUCACAAAACUUCAGCUGGCGCCACACUUUCCCUUCACUUUCAGAAGAUGAGGAUGAAAAGGAGAGCAAGAAAAAGAUUGACAUCUCAACAAUUAUGCCUUUGCAUUCCACAAUUAAAGAGGAAUAUGUUAAAGAUGAAAAGUUCACUCCAACUUUACCAUCAGAUAGCUUCACUGUGCCCAAAGCUUUGAAAGAGGAGGCACAGGACAUCUGCCCAGAGGCCCCGGCUAUUCCCUCUGAAUGCUCUACCUUCUCAGAGAAUAGUGAAGAUCCUGGAGAGGGUCCCUCCAAUCCAUGUUCAGAUACCAGCCAGAAUCAACCUACUGUGGAAUCAGAGAUGGGUGCUGUGGCAUCCCCUAGGCCUUCUUCAUGGGAACACCAGGUUUCCCUUAGUGCCUCUAACCAUGCCAUGGAUUAUUCACUCCUUGCGAAUAAUGAAAGAAAUCUUCAGACACUGGAUUUUGAGGAACUUGGGGAAGAACUUCAAGCUUCUGACAAGUCAGUUCAUCUAAAUUCUAUUGAUGCUUCCAUAUUAGAUGACAGUGAGGAGGAUGAAGAACUUCCACGUUUCAUUUUUCAUUAUGAGCCACGUUCAUUUGAAACAGGAAUGAUAGUCUGGUUUAAAUAUCAAAAAUAUCCAUUUUGGCCAGCAGUGGUCAAAAGCAUCAGGCGAAAAGAGAGAAAAGCAAGUGUGCUUUUUGUUGAGGCAAAUAUGAAUCCUGAAAAGAGAGGCAUUAGAGUGCCUUUUAGAAGAUUAAAGAAAUUUGACUGUAAAGAGAAACAAGCACUAGUGGAUAAAGCCAGGGAGGACUACAGUGAAAGUAUUGACUGGUGCAUCUCGCUGAUUUGUGACUACAGAGUUAGACUAGGUUGUGGUUCUUUUGCAGGCUCUUUCCUUGAGUACUAUGCUGCUGACAUUAGUUAUCCACUUAGGAAAGUAAUCAAACAGGAUACCUUCAGGAACUUAUUUCCAAAGCUGCAAAAUGAAAAUCCUGUGGAAUCAAUGGUUGUGACUUCCCAGACCAAGAAAAUGUCCUUCCAGAAAAUUCUUCCAGACCGAAUGAAGUCUGCUCGGGACCGAGCCAACAAGAACCUAGUGGACUUCAUUGUGAAUGCAAAGGGAACAGAGAGCCAUCUUUUAGCCAUUUUAAAAGGCACGAAAGGGUCCAGGUGGCUGAAAUCAUUUUUGAAUGCAAAUAGGUUCACACCCUGUAUUGAAACAUACUUUGAGGAUGAAGAUCAGUUGGAUGAGGUGGUGAAAUAUUUACAAGAAAUCUACAAACAAAUAGAUGAAAAAAUGCUGACUCUGAUAAGAGAUGAUAAAAUUAAAUUUAUCCUGGAAGUUCUUCUGCCGGAAGCAAUCAUUUGUUCAAUUUCUGCUGUUGAUGGAUUAGAUUACAAGGCAGCGGAAGCAAAGUAUCUAAAAGGGCCAUCUCUAGGAUACAGAGAAAGAGAAUUAUUUGAUGCAAAAAUCAUAUUCGAAAAGAGACGGAAACCAUUAACAAAUGAAGCUCAUUAAAUCUUCUGAGAGUCCAAACCGUAACAGGGAACUUCCAUAGAUGCUAGUUUAAAAAACAAAUCUCUGAAUGAUUCUAACAUAUAAAUAUUUUCCAGAAAUGGGAGACUUUGGGUGAUGAGUUCACUUUUUCUUUGCAAUCUCUAGGAUCUAUGACUAUUGCUACAUCUUCAUUUCCUUUUCCUGUGCUUCUUCAAAGUCAAAUUAUUAACAUAUUUCAGCAGUUCUACUUUCCCAUACAUUUUUAGAAUGCAUAAUUCCUAAAUAAUUUAUAAGGGAAAGUGCUAUUUUGUUUUUUGACAUUUUUGUGUCUAUGCUGUAUAGUUAAAUACAGUGUGCACAAUCAUUUUAAUAUUAAAGUUGCACUGGUAUUAGAUAUUAAGCAAGAUAAUUAGAAAAAAGUUAAAAAGCGUCAAUUAUAUAUUUUUGCUUAAUUUUUAUAAAAUAUUAGGUUUUCUCUUAAGAUAGCUGAAUUAUUUUUCUUGCCAUGCUUAUUUAUUUUUGGAAAAAAAUAUCUCUGAGAUAUAGAACCAAAGAUAGAGAUGCUUUGCUAUAUAUUAUAACUAACUACAAUUGCUUUUGCAAGAAAACAAUGUGGAAUUCAAAAAUAAAGUAAAUGAAUUACCAGCAUGCAGUCUUUGUGUGUGUAACAUCUCAGCAUGCAGAAAAUAAUUUUGGCAGCCUUGAACAGGAUUGUCCAUUCUACACUUCCCUGAAAUUCCAUGUAUGGGAGUGUCUAUUAUUCAAUAGCUGAAUGGUUUCUUAAAACAGACAGGCUUUCGACUGUCUUCAUAACUAACAUUGGCUGUAUCUUAAUAUAGCCUUCUGACCACACGUGGAAGGCAGCUAGAAUCAUUGUAUUCAUGGUCUGGCUACUCUAGAUGUAUGAGUCCAGACUGACUGCUUAAGAGCCCAUCUGGUUUGAUAUAAACUGUAGAAAAUUCAAGCACUUUGUUCUGAGUCUUGUAUCUCCAAAUACAUAGUCACUUGUUUCAAACCAAGCAAUUUUUAUCAUCUGGCUUAUUCAUGCAGUAGUUCCAGUUGCUUUCAAUAAUAUAAAUUCCAACUGGUAAAUCAUUCCACACUACUAGAAAUAGUAGAUGGACCAAAAUCUGUGAAUUUGGAAAUGGGUCACAGAAAAAGUCUCUAUUUGGCAAAAUAUGACAAUUAUCCCAAUGUGUUUAAAAAUACACAAUUGAAAGUUAAAGCCUGAAGCCAAUGAACUGUUUAUUCUAACUUGAAACAAGACUUUAGUGAGAAUAAAUAUUAAGAGAGCUAUUUUAUUUUAAAAGCUUGAUGUAAAAAUAAAUGCUAAAGGCUCUACAUGAACCUGUCUGCAUUUUUCAGAGUGAGACAGCUGUCACUCUUGGGCUUUAGUUAUGUGUUCACAUGGCCACGUGUUUAUGUAAAAGUUGCAGAAGUUCGAUGUUUUGAUUUUCAAUAAAACUAUUAUAUCUUUCACCUUGGAUGUCCACUUCACCAUACUUCAGAUUGUACAGCUACAUAAGUGGUGUUU